ACUUUGUUGCUCUAGGGCACCUAGUAUCAACCACACAGCAGUGCUCACUGGGAACAGGUGAUUGGCUGUGCAAGUCACCCUGCAGGCUCGUCAUCGCGCUACGGCCUGGACAGGUACAGCAGCAUCAGCUCUUAUACCGUCCCUCCAAGCAAGCCACCAUGCGCCCGCUGAAACAGCUCGACUACACAGGAGGCUCCACGUGAUUACAUUGCACUAUGAUCAACAGUCUGGGGCUAGCUCUUUUCCUUAGAGUGGCCCCAAAUGUCUGGAUAAGGUCCUACGUGGAAGACGGUAUGCGAGCACAAUCAUUCAGAAUCAAACAUCUACACAAGCGUAGAUCAUAUACUAUGACGCAUCUCCUACCGAAUACUACGAUCUGUGCCAUAUUCGUACUCCUGGUUUCCUGUACACCUGCUCCUAUCAUUGCGAUCUUUAUGCUUUCCUUUCCAUGCCGUCUGGCAGGGUCGACCCACCAAGAGUCGGGAUCUGAUUAUUCAAUCACUGCUACUAGUUUCUAGGACUUCGGGUUGAGUAUUACUGGGAAGCUGAAAAAAAG